AUGUCCGACGAUUACCCGUUCGCCGCAAAAAUCGUGAGUCCCGUGAAGUGCAAUGAAAAGCCUUGGGACCUAUGGGUCAGUGAAAUAGGCCACUUGUCACCGCGGCGGGAUGAUGAUGCUGCGUUUACUUCACCAGCAGCGGUGGAUGCGAAAGGCGGCGCAUCUGUCCGCCGCGUUCACGACUCACAUCCCUAUAAGCAGGGAGAGACGAGGCAUGCAAGGUAUCGCCGUGCAGGCCUCAACCGUCUUAAGUAUGAGAGCAUGAGUCUCCAUGGACUGUUUCCUCAGAUGGACAAGUUGAAUGCUGCAGUGUGUCAUAUGUGUGGAGUAAUAGUGAAGUGUAGUGCGGCUUACAGACACUUACUUGAAUCCCAUACUGGUAGUGAGCCCCUUUUACCACCUCCGCCACCUGCCUCCACAAUAAAAAGCCGUAGUCGACAUAAAAAGGAAGCUCCACCACCUCCCAUCCCUGUAGAUAUACUCCCAGUGAAAAUUGAACCUUCCACAGUACACGCUACAACUCCUCCAUUAUCAAGGAUAGUUUUGCCACAGUCGGAUUUGCAGUAUAUGGAUGAGGCUAGCACAUCCUCUUCGGUCACUCCAGAAGUUAAGGUGUGUAUGGAGCGAGGAGAGAUUCCAGUUGUUAGUAUACAAGACACAGAGGACCUGCCCCUUGGUGAGAACAUAACCGAUGACAUUUUUGCAAUAAUGAACUCUGAAGGGAUUCAAAGCGCUGAUGAUAUAACAAAUGCAGCUGACUGGAAAAAUAUAAUCAGAGAUAUUGGAAACAUGCAAGAAAUUAAUUUUCCCCAACCGACUGAUAAUGUACAAACUCAAGAUUUAUAUGCACCUAUACACACACCAUCCUUAGCUUACACUUUAACUGACACAGAUCUCUCAAACCUACAGUUCACACCAAAUGUUUCAUCAUCUCCAAUGUUGCCUACGGGGAUAGACACAAAUGUACUGAAUACCCAAGCUUUAAAACCGGUAACAACGCCGAGUACGCCAUCAACAAAGUCGUCUCGAUCGAAGUCGAGUAAAACGAAGUUUAAUUUACGAGAAUACGAUCCGAACAAACACUGUGGUGUAGUUACUGCAGAGAACCCAAAGCCGUGUACAAGAUCACUUACAUGUAAAGCGCAUGCUUUGUCACUCAGAAGAACGGUUGAAGGGCGCUCUAAACCCUUCGACACUCUACUGGCGGAACAUCGAGCGUCACGGGACGCAGGGGCGGCUGCCGCGGCAGCAGCGGCGGCCGCACCUGUCCUCCCCGCGCCUGCACCACCUCCCGUCGCGCCGCCUGCCGCCGUUCCAAUCAACCUCCCACCGCUUCUAGUCAAUAACACAAUAGACCUUGGCUCGUUUAACGGCCUGACGGCAGAACAGCAGGUCAAUGAUAUCUACGCAAGUUUACUCAGUGUAGAGGAUCCAAACUCGGUGCUACCUGAUACUUCGAGCAUCACUUCACUGUUGAGUCAGCCGCUUGCAACAGAUCCCUUUCUGAUGCCUGAUGAUGCGGAUAUACCACCCGAGGUACCCAUCCUUAGCAUAGCCUCACCAGUGGAGCGGCUCCCGUUGCGGACAGAUGAGAAAAUGGACGAAGGGCCGGUGCCACUGGUUCCUGCCGAUGUGUGCUGGUAUUCUUCGUGCCCGCGCCCGCUUGCGUUGUGCACAUUCAACGCAUCACAUGCGGGCGGCGCGAUCACAUUAGGUAAAAAAUUCGCGACAGUGCGGAGUAAUAUAAAGUCGUCAUUGUCGCGAUCGCAGUGCAAAUCGUCAGGUGUUGUGAACAAUUACUACAAUCAGAACGCAAUGUCUUUAUCCAAAAGUGUACAUAUGAACACCAGUAAAACUAAUAAGCCCGAAGUGCGUAAAUUGAUAGUGACGUGUAGUGGCAGCGGAGUCGGUGGGGUAAGCGGGGUAAACACAGGGGCCAAGGAGAUGCAGCACACGUUGAGCGAGCUAUUCGGAGGCGCAGAAUUAAGGCACGCGCUUAACGGUCACGUGGAACGACGAAAUCGCGGGCCCGCGAUCAAGCUCGCGCCAGGUAAGCGCCCGCCGCCUGCCGUUCUCGACCUCGGCUUCUCGCUCGACCCGCUGCUCGCCGACGAAAAAUGCUGA